AUGACGAUUCACACGCUUCCCCUCAACGAUAUUCUUGCCUCAACGGAUCCCGCAGACUUCUCCAAACGACGAGCUUUGAGCGACGUAUCGAGGGCUAUAGCGAGAUGCAAACGGUCUGUUGUGAUAACGGGUGCAGGUAUAAGCUGCUCAAGCGGCAUACCGGACUUUCGGUCCGGUGACGGUCUGUACUCCUUGGUCAAGGCCCGGUAUCCAGAAGCAUUUGUGACCGGCAAGGAUCUGUUCUCAUCCGGUCUAUUCAAUGACCCCACGACGACAUCUCUCUUUUAUACCUUUAUCGCCGAACUCGCGCUCCAAUGCCUCAAAGCUCAACCGACGAGAACGCACCACUUCAUUGCCAAACUGGAAACUAAAGGCAAAAUGCUGCGAUCCUACACCCAGAAUAUUGACGGACUGGAGCGGAGACUGGGUUUAGAGAGCGGUGGUCGCGGAAUGGGAUACAAGAAGAAGGCGACGAGAAACGUCGAGAUGCACGGCGAUCUUGGAAGGGUUAGAUGCAUACUCUGCAUGACGGACUACGAGGCAAGGUCGGCUUGGAUGGCGAUGUUCAGGGAAGGCGAGGCUCCUGACUGUCCAGCAUGCGAGGAAAGAUGCUCAGCUAGGCUUUCUCGUAGCGCUCGGGCAUUACCCGUAGGAACACUGCGGCCUUCAAUUGUCCUGUACGAUGAGCCUCAUCCGCUAGGCGAAGACAUUGGCAACCUGCAAGCAUACGAUCUUUCUCGAUCACCAGACCUCUUGCUCAUUAUGGGGACCUCUCUCAAGGUCCACGGUCUGAAAAAGGUCGUCAAAGCCUUUGCCAAAGCGGUUCACGCUCGUAAUGGUAUGGUCAUCUUUGUCAACGCAACACCACCUUCUAAGGAGUGGGAGGGCGUCAUUGACUAUCACGUUCAAGGCGAGACGGAUGUCUGGGUAGACAGGGUGGAAGAGGAGUGGAAAAAGCUGCGUCCACAAGACUGGCAGACGCAAACCACCCUGGACGGCGGAAUGGAGAUUGUCAAGGACAUCAAGAUCAAGAGCAAAGCAAAGGCUGCAGCCAAAAACUCCAGCCGGUCCAAGGAUCACCAACAACCCGUCCAAUUACCCACCCCUCGACCUUCGGAGUCCCCGGUCAAAGCAAGCCUUCCGCGCUCCUCGGCUUCUGCCGCCUCUUCCUCUUUGUCCCCUGCGCCUCUUUCCCCCUCCAAACGACGAGCCAACAUGCCGCCGUCACCGAUAUCUGAGAUUGGCUCCCCAAGCAAGAAGCGAGCCAUAUUCUGCGCGCCCAGUACUGGGCUGCCAGCGACUCCCGGGAUGGGCAACCUAUUCGCCAGUCCUGCUCCACCAACCGCGGACAGCAGCACCUUUGCCAUGGAAGAGGACGACGCUUUCGGUACUUCGCUGAAACCCGCCAAGCCGACGAACGCCAAGGGCAAGUCACUUUCAAGAACUGUCCGACGUAAUACUGCACAGGACAAGGAGAAUGUCAAGCCGAGCGGCAGAGUAGCCAAGACCCCUGCUGUCCGAGCUCGACCUCCGAUCAAGUUCCAGUGA